UUGCCAUGUAACAGAUGGCAGCAGAGGGGCACUCUGACAGAAUGGUGUCUGACAUGGUGUCUUAGUUUUAGCUGGGAUGGAUUUUUCUUCAGAGUCCCUGGAAUGAUGUUAUGUUUUGGUUCUAGGAAAAAAAAUGGUGUUAAUAACACGCCAAUUCUAAGUAGUGUUGUACUGAGCCAAGGCCGUCCUCAGUGAAGGGACUAAGGAGCUGGAAGGGAAUGGAGUUAGGACAGCUGACUUAAACAGGCCAAAGGGGUAUUCCAUACUAUACGACAUCACGUGGUUUUGAAAAGAGUGAAAGUUCAUCUGGCUCUUGUGCUGCUCAGCGGCUUAGCUGGGCAGCGGUCAAGGGGUGGUGAGGAAUUGCUUGUAUGUCUAUUGUUACAUGCAUUUUUAUAGAUAUAAAUAUAUAUCAUCAUCAUAACUAUUAUCUUUUUCCUUUUCUUUAUCUUAGAAAACAAUUUUAUAUCAAGCCAUUUUUACUUUUGUUCUUUUCCAGCUCUCUUCUCCACUGAGAAUCAGGGGUGUGAGUGAGCGACUGUGUGGCACUGAGCCACCCUCCAGAUUAAGCCACAACACAUGGAAGUGUGUUCAAAGCAAAAGUGUGUCAUUGUAUUCCUCCAUACAGAAAAAAAUUUAUCCACUGACAUUCAUCAGUGUGUGCUGAACACUUAUGGAGACCAAACAGCAGAUCUGAGGACUGUGAGGCAGUGAGUGGUGCGUUUCAGAAGCAGCAACAUCAAGAGUGAUUCACCUCUGCUGGUGCAGAUCUGCACAAGCGCAGCAUGCAGUAUUUCCUUUGUCAUCACUAAGAAAAGUUAUGUCACAACUAGAAUGGAAAAACAAAACAGUUGUUACAGAGUUUAUUCUCCUUGGAUUUGGAAAUGGCCCUGAGCUGGAUUGCCUUCUCUUCCUAAUGUUCCUGAUGACCUAUAUUAUGACCAUAACAGGGAACACCUUCAUCAUUGUACUGGUGGUAGCUGAUCGGUCUCUUCACACCCCGAUGUACUUCUUCCUGAGCAAUCUGUCUUGCCUGGAUAUCUGCUGCAGCUCAAACAUCUUGCCAAGGGUGUUGCUCAGUUAUCUGAGUGGAGACAGAAGUAUAUCAGUUGUCGGUUGUUUUACACAGUACUAUUUCUUCGGUUGCUUGGCAGCUGCAGAAUGUUAUCUUCUAGCAGUCAUGUCUUAUGAUAGGUACCUAGCAGUGUGCAAACCCCUGAACUAUUUAUUCCUUAUGAACCACAAGUUCUGUCUCCAGCUAGGUGCUGCAUCUUGGGUAAGUGGUUUUCUGUCUAAUUCUAUAUUAACAUUCCUGAUCUCAGACUUAGAUUUCUGUGGCCCUAAUGAAAUUGAACAUUUCUUCUGUGACUCCUUUCCAAUGAUGAAACUGUCCUGCAGUGACACUCACAUGGUGGGACUUGUCACUUCUUUUGUGGCAGGUGUAUGCUCCCUGCCUCCAUUUCUCUUGACCUUCUCAUCCUAUCUCUACAUCAUUAUUACAGUCAUGAGAAUUCCUUCUUCCACUGGAAGGAUAAAGGCCUUUUCCACCUGUUCUUCGCAUCUUCUUGUGGUAUUACUUUUUUACUGGUCAAUAUUAGCUGUCUAUGUCCUUCCUCAUCACAGUAUUCAAAUAUCUCCAAACAAAGUUUUGUCUGUUUUUUACACCAUCAUCACCCCCAUGCUAAACCCCCUCAUCUACACACUGAGGAAUAAAGAGGUAAAGAAAACUCUGCGAAAAAAGGCAAGUACAUUACUGGGUUUCAGAUAGUUGAUUUGAACUUUAAAUAUAAAAUGAGAUAGUCCUUGAUGACUUAAAGGUACAACUUCAUGGCAUAUGGAUAAAGUUAUUUUUAGUACAACUUGAGAAUACAUCACUGUACAUCUAAAAAAUAAAUAAGGAGAGAUACAAGAUGUGUGGAGAGUCUUGCUAUCAAUUUGGGGUGACAGGUAUUACCAAGAAAGAGAGAAUAUGUAGUGAACUCUGUAAAGUAUGCAAAAUAAAGCUAUAAAUUAAUA